AACCUAACAAAACAAAAGAAAUUGAAAUUCUCUCUCUCUCUACGCUUAGAGCGUGCUUAUCCAAGUUCGAACCGUCUGCUUGAUUUGCUCAAAACUCUCUCUCUCUCUCUCUCUCUCUAGAUAUAUAUUUUAUCGUUUGUCGAAGUUUCGCUUUCUUUCUCUUACUCGGCACUUUCUCUCUCUAGCUCGGCAAUGGCGGCGUCAAAUCAAACGAUUCUGGUCACCGGAGGUGCUGGAUUCAUUGGCACACACACCGUUCUUCAGCUUCUCAAACAAGGAUUCAAGGUUGCCAUCAUCGACAACCUCGACAAUUCCGUCGUGGAAGCCGUCGACCGAGUUCGAGACUUGGUCGGACCUCAACUCUCCAACAAUCUCGACUUCCAUCUGGGUGAUCUCAGGAAUAAGGAGGAUUUGGAGAAGUUAUUUUCUCAGACGAAGUAUGUGAAUUUGAUACACGCUGUUGGUGAGAGUGUGAUUUACCCUUUGCGCUAUUUUGAUAACAAUUUGAUCGGCUCAAUCAAUUUAUACCAGACCAUGGCAAAAUAUAACUGUAAGAAGUUGGUUUUCUCUUCGUCCUCGACAGUUUAUGGCCAACCUGAAAAAAUUCCAUGUGUUGAGGAUUUUGAGUUAAUACCUAUGAACCCUUAUGGGCGGACCAAGCUUUUCCUCGAAGAAAUUGCUCGAGAUAUCCAGAGUUCAGAUCCUGGAUGGAGAAUGAUUUUUCUGAGGUACUUUAACCCUGUUGGGGCUCAUGAGAGUGGCAAAAUUGGUGAAGAUCCAAAGGGCAUCCCAAACAAUCUUAUGCCUUACAUACAACAAGUAGCUGUUGGAAGAUUGCCUGAACUAAAUGUUUAUGGCCAUGAUUAUCCCACACCUGAUGGUACUGCGAUCCGAGACUAUAUCCAUGUGAUGGAUUUGGCAGAUGGUCACAUUGCUGCACUUCGCAAGCUUUUCACAACAAAGAAUAUAGGUUGCUCUGCCUACAACUUGGCAACUGGUCGUGGUACAUCGGUACUUGAAAUGGUUGCUGCGUUUGAGAAGGCCUCUGGCAAGAAAAUCCCCAUCAAACUGUGUCCAAGAAGAGCAGGUGAUGCCACUGCAGUUUAUGCUUCUACAGAGAAAGCUGAGAAAGAACUUGGUUGGAAGACAAAAUAUGGUAUUGAAGAAAUGUGCAGGGACCAAUGGAAUUGGGCGAGCCAGAAUCCGAUGGGGUACCAAUCCCGGGCUUGAAUGGACAUGUUUAUGAGUAGUUGGCGCAAGCAAUACUCGAACCCUUGGGACUGCAGGGUCAAAAUAUUUCAUUAGAACUAUAUUUUACUCUUCAUCAAUUGUGGAGUUUGUGUUUGAAUUUUAUGGAUUUUAAAUGAAAAAGUUGGCGUUAUUCAUUAAAGGAGAAUAGUUUUGUCAA